GCGAACUUUAUUUUGGGAAAUCUGUUUGGAUUUCACACUGUAUAUACAAUCAAUACUGCAGUAUUCAUACUUGGGCAGUUGUUUGAAUUUUUUUGUUACCUUCUAUGCGCAGAGGGUUGAAUUAUGCGCACGACAAAAUGCCACCAUUUCGGAAAUUUGCGACACCGCAGUAACGGCGGAUCGUCUGGGGGUGUGGGGUGGCAAAAUCUUGCUAUUUUCCGUACUUAUAUUGCAAGAUGUAGUGAUUCCUUGCUGAUGCUGCAAGUUUUCCGUAAAAAGUUUUCCGGAUAACUGAAACAAAGUUAUGGAAAUACAACCAGAAGGUAAAAAUUUUCGGUUAGUUAAAGAAGAGGAAUUUUCAGAAAUAUUGUCUUUUUUGGAAAAGUUUCUGCCAGAUUCGUUGAAGUUUCAUCAAACACUGAAGACUUUUAUAAACGACAAAGUGUGGGAUUUUCAUUUUUAUGUAUCGAAAUCAUGGCCGGAAGUAACUGUUUUACUCCAUUUUCCUGGAGUUACGAAAACGCCUAAUGGAAAACUUUACGAAAGCUUUAGUGUUUUUUGUCCAUGUGAUCGAUUGGAACAAUUGGAGGAGUUAGAAAACGAAGACAUUUUGAUCGAUUGGACCGAACCGAUUUAUUUGAAUUUCACACAUGAGCUGGUGCUAGAAAAAAUCGAAAAAUUUUAUUCUCAUAUCGGAGCUUUAGAGAAAACUUAUGGCGAAGUCUUUGUGUUAACGUCGGAUGUACAGGGUGAACAAAUUACGACGACAACUUGUUUUAAAGAAGAUGCAGAAAUUCGUCAGUUGACGAAGGAAAACGCCCUUACGAUCCACGAUUUGUACCCUGCAAACCACAUGGAAUCUAUCGAAGUGUUCGAAAGACUCAUCGAAAAGUUACCAUGUUAUGGUAUGUUUUCGAAGGAUGGUGAGUUAGCAGCGUGGAUGGUACAGUCGUAUUAUGGGGCGAUGUUUUCCAUGCAAACAUUACCAGAAUUCCGAAGGAAGGGUUAUGGUAUAGUUUUAGCAAGACAUUUGACGAAAAAAGUGUUAGAUAGGAAUUAUUUGCCUUUUGUUAUUAUUCGACCCGAAAACGAUGCUUCCAAAAGUUUGUACACCAAGUUGGGCUUCAGCAAGAGCUUUAAUAUGAUACGAGCCAUUUUAACGCCAUUUUCAAAAGAAAAUGGCACGCAAAAUGGCGAAAACGAAAGCGAACACCCCCCCAAUUAAUCCAAUAACAAACUAUAUCAAAUAGAUAAAAAAAAAAAGCAAAGAGUUCAAAAUUUCUGCAGCAGGCAGCUAUGCUUAUUAUAAUACCUACCUACAAAAAUAUAAUAAUAUACUUAUUAAUUAAAAUUAUUUAAUUGUAAAUCUAUAGAAAAAAAGGCACAGAUAUUUAUGGAAUUUCUUCUUUUUCUAUUACAUAAUUUUUAAUAUUAUGUAUUUUUCACUAACUUUACAAUUCGUCGUUGGGGAUUGGUGCUCCAGUAGUGCAUAUUUUAAUAUCUAAUCAAAAAAAAAAAAUAAUCGAUGAGUCACAUUUAAUGAUAGAUAAGAAUUUUUUAUGCUUCUGUUCGAGACUUUAGCUAGUUGAAUUGAAAAUAUAAAUUUUGUAAUUUUAUAGUUUUUUUCUAGCACCCUUUAAAUGUUAAAAGUUAGCUAAAGUAGA